AUGAAGUUUUCUAGUGUUCUCAAGCAAAGUGCUAAAUAUGCUGCCCAUGUUCCCAAGAGUGGUGUAUUUCCUCGAGGUUUCCAAGUCGGUUCCAUAGCGUCUGGCGUUAAAAAGAAUGGUAAUUUAGAUCUAGGUGUAUUGGUCAAUACCAACAAGUCUUAUGAAUCCUCGGCAGCUUCCGUCUUUACUACCAACAAAUUUAAAGCUGCACCUGUUAUAUUAUCUCAGAGAGUUUUAGAAGAAAAAAAUGGUAAGGGUAUUAAUGCUAUUGUAGUUAAUUCCGGCUGUGCAAAUUCCGUUACUGGUGAAGUUGGUCUUCAAGAUGCUACUCAAAUGGCCAAGCUGAUUGAUGAAAAAUUGGGUGCUACGAGUCCUUCUACACUUAUUAUGUCUACCGGUGUUAUUGGUCAGAGAUUACAGAUGGAUAAGAUUAGUAAAGGUGUUUCACAGCUUUUUGCUAACAAUUCCUUUGGUAGUGAUUUCAACAGUUGGUUAAACAUUGCUAAAUCGAUUUGCACUACUGAUACUUUCCCAAAAUUAAUUACUUCAAAUUUUACUCUAAAGAAUGGUACUCAGUAUACCUUAACUGGUAUGGCUAAAGGUGCUGGUAUGAUUUGUCCUAAUAUGGCUACCUUGUUGGGUUUUAUCGUUACAGAUUUACCUAUUGAGAGUAAAGCAUUAUCUAAAAUGUUGAAAUUUGCUACUGAUCGUUCCUUUAACUGUAUCUCAGUGGAUGGUGAUAUGAGUACCAAUGAUACUAUAAAUAUGAUUGCAAAUGGUGCCGUCAAGACAGAUGAAAUUACAGAGGAUUCACCUGAAUUUUUGCAAGUUCGUGACCAGGUGACUCAAUUCGCCCAAAAAUUAGCACAACUAGUGGUUCGUGAUGGUGAAGGUGCAACUAAAUUCGUCACCGUUAAAGUGCAAAACUCUUCAACAUUUGCUGAUGCUAAAAUCAUUGCAGAAUCGAUUUCAAACUCUAUGCUUGUGAAGACUGCUCUUUAUGGUAAGGACGCGAACUGGGGUCGUAUUCUUUGUGCAAUUGGUUAUGCUAAACUGGACAAUUUAGAUUCUUUACAAACUGACAAAUUAAACGUUAGCUUUGUCGCUACUGAUAAUUCAGAACCAAGAGAAUUGAAAUUGUUGGUCAAUGGUGUUCCUCAGUUGAACAUCGACGAGGAAAGAGCUUCACAGAUCUUGGCAUUACCUGAUUUGGAAGUGCUCGUAGAUCUUGGUACUGGUAACGAAGAAGCCCAAUUCUGGACCUGUGACUUGUCCCACGAGUACGUUACAAUCAAUGGUGAUUACCGUUCUUGA